UUAUGAUCAAGAGGGGAGAAAAUGAAGCAAUAUAAUGGAAACCAAUCUUCAAACCCGCUUAAUGGUUUGGUCACGGGUUGCCAUUCUUCAUAAUUCACUUUCUCAAUUAUAUAUACAUCCACCAACUAUUCAGCAAUUGACAUGGUACUUGAUUUGCAGCAUGCAAGUUGUUCACACUUCACAGUCAGAACAGUGAAUAAUUUAACAUUACAUGGAUUCCUCAUCUCAAAAGCACUUCCUCUUUCUGCUUGUUCUUGCAAUCUUCUUCUCACACACUUGUUCUGUCCACUCCAUUAAUGCUUCCACAACAACAUUCCAUUCCUUAAGAUCUUUCUGCAGAACCACUCCAUACCCAGAAGUUUGCUUCAAUUCAUUGAAGCUCUCCAUAUCAAUAAACAUAAGUCCAAACAUCAUCACCUACCUCCUUCACUCCCUCCAAACAGCAAUAUCUGAAGCCACCAAGCUCUCAAAUCUAUUCCAAAAUGCUGGACACCCAAACAUCAUAGAGAAACAAAGAGGAGCAGUCCAAGACUGCAAGGAACUCCACCAGUCCACCUUGUCUUCUCUGAAAAGAUCAUUAACUGGGAUUGAUCAUCAAUCCCCCAAUUCAAAGAACCUUGUUGAUGCAAGAUCCUACCUCAGUGCAGCCCUCACCAACAAGAACACAUGUCUAGAAGGCCUAGACUCUGCUUCUGGUACACUCAAACAGGUUCUGGUGGAUUCUGUGAUUAACACUUACAAGCAUGUCAGUAAUUCUCUUUCUAUGCUUUCUAAGCAAGGAAUUGAGGCUCCUCUCAAAGGACAGAAGAACACGGACCAUGUGGAAGAAUACGGAGUUCUUGUUGUGGCUGCAGAUGGAACUGGGAACUUCAGCACAAUCACAGAAGCAAUAGCCUUUGCUCCAAAUAAUAGCAUGUACAGGACAGUGAUCUAUGUGAAAGAAGGGAUUUACCAGGAAAAUGUGGAGAUCCCAAGUUAUAAGACUAACAUUGUGAUGCUUGGAGAUGGAAGUGAUGUCACUGUCAUUACUGGUAACAGGAGCGUUGGUGAUGGCUGGACCACUUUCAGAUCUGCAACUCUAGCUGUGUCUGGUGAUGGGUUUCUAGCAAGAGAUAUAGCGAUUGAGAACAGGGCAGGGCCAGAGAAGCAUCAAGCAGUUGCAUUGAGAGUGAAUGCAGACUUGACUGCAUUUUACAAGUGUGCAAUUUCUGGUUAUCAAGACACUCUUUAUGUUCACUCCUUUAGACAAUUCUACAGAGAGUGUGACAUUUAUGGGACCAUAGACUUCAUAUUUGGAAAUGCAGCAGUGGUUUUCCAAGAAUGUGACAUUGUAUCCAGAACCCCAUUGCCUGGCCAAUUCACUGUGAUCACAGCACAAGGGAGAGAUAAUCCAGAUGAAGAUACUGGCAUCUCAUUCCAAAACUGCUCAGUUUUAGCGACGGAGGAUCUUUACUCCAACUCUAGCAGCUUCAAAAGCUACCUUGGGAGGCCAUGGAGGAACUACUCACGCACUGUUUACCUUGAGUCCUACAUUGAUGACUUUAUUGACAAAAGGGGUUGGACCAAGUGGUCUUCUAAUGAUCAAGGAUUGGAGUUGGACACACUGUAUUAUGGAGAGUAUGAGAAUUAUGGACCUGGUUCAGGGGCAGAUGGUCGUGUGCAAUGGCUUGGGUACCAUUUCAUGGAUUACAAUGAUGCCUUUAAUUUCACUGUCUCAGAGUUCAUUUCUGGAGAUGCUUGGCUUGGGUCUACUUCCUUUCCUUAUGAUGAUGGGAUUUGAUUAAUUUAACUUUAGUUUGUUACAUUUCUUACUAAUGUCACCUUCCUCAACCAGGAGAAAAAAAAAUGUAAAAUAAAAAUUGUUCUCUCCAAAAUUGUCACCUUUCUCAACUUAGGACUAAGACACCGAGCCUAGUUCCCAGAGUUAGGGUUAGAGUGAAGUUGUUGAUUUGUCUUUUUCUUUCUUUUAUUCACUACUUGUGUAGUUAUUUGGCAAAAUGGAAUCGAAGGACUGCGCACUUAGCGUAAUU